AUGGCAUCCGCAACUGGGAUUCCCGAAGAGCGGCCGUCUGCUCUGCAAGAGGGUAUCGAGAAUGAACCGCUGCUCGGCCAGCCCGGCGCAGUCACCCAGAGAGAAGACCAGAGCAUCUUCGUUAAUUUGAUUACGGGGACUGCGGGACUGGCACAGGUUGGAAUUCUGAUCAAUGUCGCCCUCGUCUGGUCCGGAAUCUUCACUCAUGAUCUCAUCUUCUUCUCGCCUCACCCGCUUCUCAACUCCGUGGGGAUCCUACUCUCCGUUCAGGCAAUCCUCAUCGUGCAGCCGACUAGGACUCCCUCGCAGAAGCGAACCGGUGCUCUCACGCACUUUGGACUCCUUGCCGUCGCCAACCUAGCCUUCAUCUCGGCCCUCAUCAUCAUCGAGAUCAACAAGCAGAGUCAUCCGGAAACCCGGUUUUCCUCUGUCCAUGGAAUCCUCGGCCUGACAACCUACAUUAUCAUCUUCCUGCAGGCAGCCGUCGGCGUUGCGCAGUACUUCUUCCCAGAAACCAUCUUUGGUAGCGUCGAGAAUGGGAAGAAGAUAUACAAAUGGCACCGUGUGAGCGGCUACGUGCUCUUUGUCUUGGAAUUGGCGGUUGUUAUAGCUGCUACGAAGACGGAUUAUAACGUCAAGACGCUGCAUAUUGGCUUCUGGCCGGUCAUUAUUUCAGCGUUUCUCACCUUUGCCGGUGUCAUUGCGAGAGUCAAGCGGUACAAGCUGCCGGCCUUUCUAAGAGGAUCCGCUAGGGCACCAAGCAUAUGA